CCCUCAUUCGUGCUGAACGUCUGAGGGAUUCUAGAAGCUGUGUCCACUGAACGUGGCCGCAGCAUCGCCUUAUCCUGUCGAGGUACACGGAUGCAUCAUCAGAGAUGGAAUCUGAGGCGUGUGCACAUAUUUCCCAUGUUUCCUGUACAGGUGCCGCUGCGCACCUCUCUGCAGACGGACUCUUCUCUCAGUAGAACGUAGCCAGCAUGGUAAGAAAAACACCCUAAUGACAGUUUCCCCCCUUUCUGGUAAGAAAAACAUCCACCCACUUCCAUACAUCCAUCAGGAUUCAGGAGCCACCUUGCGUUGUGUGCAGGAGCCACCUAUCAACGGCAAUCACUAUCGCCUCGUUAGCAGGAGCGGCCGACAGCCAAACAACGACGGACCGGUACGGCCAUCCAUCCAUCCAUCCGUCCGUCCAUCCAUCCGUCCAAUGGCAUGUGUUGUGUCUGUCAGGCUCAGCAUCGCAUCGCACGUGAGACCCUGCUGUCCAUCUACGGCUGCAUACCCCCCUGGACCAUCACCCGCAUCGCACCCAACAAGCGCAUCCUCUCCGCCACGCCGCCCCUCUACAGCCACUUUGUCAUCGACUGCUCCGACCCAACGACGCGUCGUGUCUGGGAGAGGGUGCCGAGCAGACGGGCGCGUAAGUGGGGCGCCAUUGCGAGAAAUCUCAAGCAGGUGACGGUGCGGUACCCACACCAAGACUGAGGUCAGGACGCGUUUCGUCACAGCGAGCACAGGUGGUGCGAAUCUGCAUGGGCAUCGCUGGUCGAGGCGCAUGCGACUGCGCGCGAGGCCAACAAGGAGGAGCCCGACAAGGCCAAGGGGGGCGGCGCCCAGCGACCGGC